AUGAUUAAUGAGAAUUAUCUUCCAAAGUUUUAUGUUAUGUCUCUUUUCAUUAAUGACUACAGUAAAAAAAAUAUCCUUUUAUUAACUGUUGAGAUGUCUAGCGAAACAAAGAAAGUUUACGCCUUAUCUAACGGAUUUCCAUACUCCCAUAAUCCAUCUAGCUCCAUAGUAGCUAAACCAGAUGGUCCAAUUUUAUUAGAAGAUCUUCAUUUAGUCGAAAAUAUCGCUCAUUUUGUAAGGGAAAGAAUCCCAGAAAGAGUUGUCCAUGCUAAAGGUGGCGGUUGUAAAUUUGAAUUCGAAUUAACUGACUCCUUAAGUGAUAUCACCUAUGCUGCUCCUUACCAGAAUGUUGGUUACAAAUGUCCAGGUAUGAUUCGUGUCUCUGAAGUCACUGAAUCUAUUGGUGGCCCGGAUACUGUAAGAGAUCCAAGAGGUUUUUCUUUUAAGUUAUACACUGACUGGGGUAACCACGAUUGGGUAUUUAAUAACAGUCCAACGUUUUUUAUUAGAGAUGGUGCUAAGUUCCCACAAUUCGUUCACACUCAAAAGAAGGACCCAGAAACUCAUUUGGAUGCAGCUGAAGACUCCACUACCUUUUGGGACUUCUACACCCAAAACUUAGAGAGUAUUCACCAGAUUGUCUACGUUUUAGGUCCAAGAGGUAUUCCGAAGUCCUGGACUGAAAUGAAUGCUUACUCUGGUCAUACUUUCAGAAUGGUUAACGACAAAGGUGAAAUUACAUAUGUUAACUACCAUAUUAAGUCUGAUGAUGGUUUUACUAACUUAACAAACGAAGAGGCUGCUAACUUAGCUGCAACUCGUCCAGAUUUUAACAUUGCUCAAUUGCGUAAGGAUGUUAAGGAUGGUAAGAAUGGUAAGCAACCAAGUUACACUUGUUACCUCCAGACUAUGACUGUAAAACAAGCAGAGGAAUUUAGAUACUCUAUUAAUGAUCUAACCAAAAUCUGGCCACAUAAAGAAUUCCCAUUGAGAAAGUUCGGUAAAAUUACUUUAACUGAAAAUGUUGAAAACUUCUUUCAAGACAUUGAACAAUUAGCUUUCUCUCCAGCCAACACUUGUAUUCCAGGUAUCGAACCAACUAACGAUAACAUUUUGCAAACGAGAUUAUUCGCUUAUGGUGACACGCAACGUUACAGACUGGGUGUUAAUUACCAACAGCUACCAGUUAACAGACCAAGGAACUUAAACGGUGCUACAUCUAACGGUUGUCCAUAUGCCCCCGAUUUGCCAAAAUGCCCAUACGUCUCUUCUAAUUUCCAAAGAGAUGGUGCUGGUUCAUACUUCAACCAAGGUAAUUUGCCAACCUACGUAUCUGGCCAGUCUAAUGCUAAACUUGAAUACAAAGCUUUAAAUGCAGAAGACUUUGCAAAGAACAAAUAUAAGGGUACUGUCACUGAGGCUGACCUAAAAAAGUACAUUGCAGAACAAGAGGCCGCUCGUAUUUCCCAUGAAACCAUUAUUAAUUCCAAAUUACCAGGUUAUAACUCUGUUAGUGGUGUUUCUCCAUUAGAUCUUGAACAGGCCCGGGAUUUAUACGAAAGAAUCUAUACUGAAGAAGAAAAGAAGGAUAUGAUUCAAAAUGUCAUCGAUGGCGCUAGUAACAUUGCAAACUCACAAUUAAAAACUACCAUUUCUCAAUAUUUCGGUUUAUUAAACCCAAAAGCCGGUAAAUCGAUUGCAGAUGGUUUAGGUGUUACAUGGAGUCCAGUUGAUUUUGAAACAUAUGUUAACGAUGUUGUUGGUAGAGCCAGCCCUCAAUAA